AUGUCCUAUCGAAUCCUCGGCUCCUCCUACACGGAAGAGGUGUACACUCUCGAAUUUGUUCCCAGCAAAGCAACUAUUACCGUUUCGAGCAGCUUAAGAAUCGGAUACCAUCCGUCUUGGAUCACAGCCCACCCGACAGAUCCGAGCCUCGUUUUUGCGUGUCUGGAACAAGCUGAAGGGACUGUGGUGGCCUUGAAGUACGAUGAAAGCGGAAAUGGAAAGGUUGUUGCUGAAGCAUCGAGCGGUGGAAAGGAUCCAUGCCACCUUCUCGUCAAGGACGGCGAACUACUCAUUGCGAACUAUAGCUCAGGAGACCUUUCAAUUCUUUCUGUAACGCAUGAAGCUCCUUACAUCCUUUCGAAAUCUCCUACAACGAUAUACCUCCCAGGAACAGGGCCGAAUAGGGAACGUCAAGAAUCACCUCAUCCUCACGGCGUCUUUUGGAUUGACGAAACCAAUGAACUCAUGGUUCCCAAUCUUGGUGCAGAUGUCAUUCAUCGUCUGACAAGGCGCCCCGAUGGGACAUGGACUAUUGUAGGCGAAAUUUCAUAUCCUCCUGGUGGAGGCCCUAGGCACGUUGCUGCUCACGACGGCAUAUUGUACACUCUACUCGAACUGUCGUCUCGACUAGUCAAAGGAAAGCUUUUGCAAUUCCCAAAGCAGCCUGUGAUUCUUGCCAGCGAAUCAACACUCUCUCAUCCUCCGCAAUCACCCAAUGACAUGCUCGCCGCUGAGAUUCUCAUCCCCAAACCAAAUUCGACAUAUCCUGAAGCUUAUGUCUAUGUUUCCAACCGCAACGAUCCUUCAGCAGAGGGUGACACGAUUGCUAUAUUCGAAGCGUCUGACUCUGACUCUCUGAAUAUGGUGGGGGAAGUUCGGACUGGACUUAGACACCUUCGAGGCAUGGCAUUCGGUGGACCCGAGAAUCGGUGGUUGAUUACUGGUGGUGGGAAUGGUGGAGGUGUGAAAGUGUUCGAACGGAUUAACGGCGGGAAGGAUUUGAGACUCGUUGCGAAGAAUGAGGAUGUCAAAGCUCCGACGGGAUUUCUUUGGAUGUAA